AUGGUUGCAUAUCUUGUUGCCACCAACUUCCCAAACUACGUCGGCUACGACCUCAGCGACAACGUCUGCAACAACUUCGGCAACGACAUCAGCGACAACGUCUGCAACAACAUCGUCUACGACCUCAGCGACAACGUCUGCAACAACAUCAGCUACGACCUCAGCGACAACGUCUGCAACAACAUCGUCUACGACCUCAGCGACAACGUCUGCAACAACAUCAGCUACGACCUCAGCGACAACGUCAGCAACAACAUCAGCUACGACCUCAGCGACAACGUCUGCAACAACAUCGUCUACGACCUCAGCGACAACGUCUGCAACAACAUCAGCUACGACCUCAGCGACAACGUCUGCAACAACAUCGUCUACGACCUCAGCGACAACGUCUGCAACAACUUCAGCAACUACUUCCAUAACAACAUCAAUGACCACGUCUCAAACAACAUCCGUGACAACUUCAGCUACAACAUCAUCAACAACACCGAGGAAAAUAUGCGACAAUUCACCUUUGGGUGUAUCUUGUUGUUCAAAUGUUACCACUUCACCAACAACGUCGGCCACAACGUCCGUCACAACAACGACGACAUCUGCAACGACGUCGGCUACCACUUCAGCCACAACAUCUGCUACAACAUCAGCUACAACGUCAGCCACAACUUCUGCAACUACAUCUGCAACAACGUCAGCUACCACCUCUGCUACCACUUCAGCAACAACCUCCGCUACAACAUCAGCUACAACUUCUGCAACAACGUCAGCUACUACGUCAGCCACUACAUCAGCCACAACUUCUCCAACUACAUCAGCAACAACGUCAGCUACCACAUCUGCUACCACUUCAGCAACAACCUCCGCUACAACCUCUGCAACAACAUCAGCUACUACGUCAGCUACUACAUCAGCCACAACUUCUGCAACUACAUCUGCAACAACGUCAGCUACCACCUCUGCUACCACUUCAGCAACAACCUCAGCUACAACUUCUGCAACAACAUCAGCAACCACAUCUUCUACCACUUCAGCCAUAACAUCAGCAACCACGUCUGCUACUACAUCCGCCACUACGUCUGCAACUACGUCUGCAACAACCUCAGUUACCACUUCAGCAACAACGUCGGUCACAACGUCCGUCACAACAACGACGACAUCUCAACAACGUCGGUCACAACGUCCGUCACAACAACGACGACAUCUGCAACGACGUCGGCUACCACUUCAGCCACAACAUCUGCUACAACAUCAGCUACCACGUCAGCCACAACUUCUGCAACUACAUCUGCAACAACCAACAACGUCGGUCACAACGUCCGUCACAACAACGACGACAUCUGCAACGACGUCGGCUACCACUUCAGCCACAACAUCUGCUACAACAUCAGCUACCACGUCAGCCACAACUUCUGCAACUACAUCAGCCACAACUUCAGCCACAACAUCGGCAACAACGUCGGCUACUACAUCCGCCACUACAUCGGCUACAACGUCAGCUACAACUUCUGCUACUACAUCUGCAACAACGUCAGCUACCACCUCUGCUACCACUUCAGCAACAACCUCCGCUACAACCUCUCAACAACCUCAGCUACCACAUCUGCUACCACUUCAGCCACAACAUCAGCAACCACGUCUGCUACUACAUCCGCCACUACGUCUGCAACUACGUCUGCAACAACCUCAGUUACCACUUCAGCAACAACGUCGGUCACAACGUCCGUCACAACAACGACGACAUCUGCAACGACGUCGGCUACCACUUCAGCCACAACAUCUACAUCUGCAACAACAUCAGCAACCACAUCUGCUACCACUUCAGCAACACAACAACGUCGCAACAACGUCGGUCACAACGUCCGUCACAACAACGACGACAUCUGCAACGACGUCGGCUACCACUUCAGCCACAACAUCUGCUACAACAUCAGCUACCACGUCAGCCACAACUUCUGCAACUACAUCAGCCACAACUUCAGCCACAACAUCGGCAACAACGUCGGCUACUACAUCCGCCACUACAUCGGCUACAACGUCAGCUACAACUUCUGCUACUACAUCUGCAACAACGUCAGCUACCACCUCUGCUACCACUUCAGCAACAACCUCCGCUACAACCUCUGCAACAACAUCAGCUACUACACGUCGGCUACUACAUCCGCCACUACAUCAGCUACAACGUCAGCCACAACUUCUGCAACUACAUCUGCAACAACCUCAGCUACCACCUCUGCUAUCACUUCAGCAACAACCUCCGCUACAACCUCAGCAACAACAUCAGCUACUACGUCAGCCACUACAUCAGCCACAACUUCUGCAACUACAUCUGCAACAACUUCUGCCACAACAUCGGCUACUACAUCCGCCACUACAUCAGCUACAACGUCAGCCACAACUUCUGCAACUACAUCUGCAACAACCUCAGCUACCACAUCUGCUACAACAUCAGCGACAACUUCAAAUAUAAAAUGUCUGUACACUACGUUAACGACAACCAUGAAUAAGCGUAUGGUUGGUGGUUCUGACGUCACCUCCUGUACAACUCCAGGAUUUGUGCAUUUCAAACCUGAUACUUUCCCUAUUCCGAGUUGCUCGGGUAUUCUGGUUGAUGAAACGACCAUUGCCACCUCCAGGCAAUGUGCUGAGACAUGGCUCAACCCGACAUUGGACUUUCAAGACAUGUACGCUGUUAUUGGAGAAUACAACACCUUUGCUGAUGGGGAAGAUGCCUCUCAACAGCAGAUCACAAUACCUCGGUAUACCACUCUCACCGCCUCCGGAUCCGGAGAACUGUACCUGCUGACACUUUCCACUGCCGUCACCUUCGGAGCGGAAUGUAGUCUGCCAGCCUGCAUCCCCACUGCCGACAUGAACAUCGACUGGAGCACAUGCAAGGCAGUGAGCUCAGGGGGUGGAAUGGGAGGAGCACCGAAUAUCUAUGUUCAAGAAGGUUCAGUUACAAGGGACACAUCCUGCACUGGAGAUCAACUCUGUACCACAGGAUCAAUCGACACGUGUGACUUUGAUGUGGGCGGUCCCAUGAUAUGCACAGAGGCAGACACCUUGGAGACUAUUACAGUCGGUCUGAUCAACUCCAGCGAAGGAACGUGCGAUGGCACCCUCGACUACAGCAUUGAAUACGUCAGUCUACUGACCGACUCUUCCUACAACCAGUAUCUGCCUAAGUACGGACAAUAGCGACUUCCGGCGUGUACUGACAUGCGCAAUGUAGUCUCAACUAACGAUACGUGUUUGUACGAAACAGAGUAUUGUUUCAUUUCGUGUAGGUCCAUCGUUCUAAUAUACGCAUUUUCGGUAAAAUUACACGAUCAAUAUAACAAUGAACAAUAUGAAGAUAGCUGCUUCAUUGAGUUUGGCCAUUUUCUGAUAUUAUAAGCAUGCUAAUGCAUUGCGCUGUCAUGCCAUACAAACAGAUUUGUCCAUGGACUUUGAGAAAUUUACUAGUGACAGUGUUGUUGAUUCACAUGGUGUUAAAUUGAUAGGUCCUUCGAACAGAAUAAAAUAUUUCAUGAUCAUGGUCGUGAAUUUUUAAAAAAGGCAAUAUUUCCGCUUUAUGGCGGCGGUCAUAAUCGAAUCUUGACUAGUCAAGCUAGUGCUCAUGACUUCGAUCAAUCGAUUAUUUAAAGACCACCACCAUAUACAUGAACUAUUGCUGAGUGCGGCGUAAAAUAAUUAAAAAAAACAAAAAUAGGAUGUCAAACUCCGCUUCUAGAAGAAUUUGGGUUUUUUCUUCACACAUUUAGACUGCAUACAAGAACGAACUGAGUCACGUUGCACAUAGUAAAGGAUCCAAUAUAAUGCAACGUCAUGUUAUUGCUUUGCAUUAAUUACAUGAUUAACAUGAUGCGCCAACAUGUCACUGUGAGAGCAAACCUAUGAAAAUAAAAUAUGCAAUCAA